GGGAGUACAAAAUGGCGAGUUUAUUGGCUUGUGCGCGAAGUCAUGUUUCCAACAGAAUGACCAAAUGUUUAUCCGGAAUUGUAUAUUGUAAUAGGAUUAUUCUACCUCGAGUUCGUUCAGCUGCAAUGGUCAAAUCUUAUUCAUCUACUGUGUCUGAACGGAUCGAAAAGAAAAAAGAAGAAGCAUUAGUUGGUGGAGGUCUUAGAAGAAUUGAUGUUCAACAUGAGCGAGUAGGGGAAGUUGACUGCCCGAGAAAGAAUACACUUGCUAUUGGAUGAAGGGUCUUUCAUAGAAUAUGAUAUGUUUAUGGAACAUGACUGUCAUGAUUUUGGAAUGAAGAAGGAAAAUAAUGUGUUUACAGGUGAUAGUGUUGUAACUGGUCAAGGACUUAUUAAUGGAAGAACAUGUUUUGUGUUCAGUCAGGAUUUUACUGUGUUUGGAGGAAGUCUCUCGGGAGCUCAUGCUAAGAAAAUAUGCAAAGUUAUGGAUAAAGCUUUGCUUGUUGGUGCUCCAGUGAUUGGGUUAAAUGACUCUGGUGGGGCUCGUAUUCAAGAAGGUGUGGAUUCCCUUGCUGGUUAUGCAGAUAUUUUUCAGAGGAAUGUUAUGGCAUCGGGUGUAAUUCCUCAGAUUUCUGUCGUCAUGGGACCAUGUGCAGGUGGUGCAGUUUAUUCUCCAGCAAUUACAGAUUUUACAUUCAUGGUGAAGGAUACAUCUUAUCUUUUCAUAACUGGUCCAGAUGUUGUUAAGUCUGUUACCCAAGAAGAUGUUACUCAGGAAGAACUUGGUGGAUCAAAAACUCAUACAACUGUUUCUGGUUGUGCUCAUGGGGCUUUUGAAAAUGACAUCGACGCUUUGUCAAUGAUCAGAGAAUUAUUUAAUUAUCUACCACUAUGUAAUAAAGAUCAGUCGCCGAUUUUAAAAGCUGACGAUCCUCCAGACCGUCUAUGUCCUGUAUUAGAUACUUUGGUUCCAUUUGAUUCUGAUAAACCGUAUGAUAUCAAAAAUGUCAUUUUCAGUAUUGUUGAUGAAGGUGACUUCUACGAAAUAAGUCCAAACUAUGCCAAAAAUAUUGUGAUUGGUUUUGCCAGAAUGAAUGGUCAAACAGUUGGAAUUGUGGGAAAUCAACCCUUAGAAGCUGCAGGUUGUCUCGAUAUUAAUGCAUCUGUAAAAGCAGCAAGAUUUGUACGAUUCUUGGAUUGUUUUAACAUUCCGAUAAUAACAUUAGUGGAUGUUCCUGGUUUUCUUCCUGGCACUCAACAGGAAUAUGGUGGAAUUAUACGCCAUGGUGCAAAGCUUCUGUAUGCUUAUGCGGAGGCGACUGUGCCAAAAAUUACUGUCAUUACUAGAAAGGCGUAUGGUGGUGCUUAUGACGUAAUGAGUUCAAAACAUCUACGUGGUGACUUUAAUUAUGCUUGGCCAACUGCCGAGGUUGCCGUAAUGGGAGCAAAGGGAGCCGUAUCGAUAAUCUUUCGAGGUGAUACUAAUAUUGAUAAAUGCGAGGAAGAAUACGUAGAAAAGUUUGCCAAUCCAUUUCCUGCUGCUGCAAGAGGUUUUGUUGAUGAUAUUAUUAAACCUCAAACAACAAGAGUCCGGUUAUGUCAAGAUCUGCAAACACUAACUACAAAGGUUUUAAGCAAUCCUUGUAAAAAACAUGGUAAUAUUCCACUGUAAAUUUAUAUACAGGUUGAUUAGAUUAUAUUAUACGUGUGUGCUUUGAUCUUGAAAGUUGUUUUGAAAUAUGAAUUACCAAAAUUUCCAAA